AUGAAAGAACAAGUUAGACGAAUAAAGAACAAAGAAAUCUACAAUCAUUAUCUUGGUCAUAAUAUGCAAAACGAACUAAUUAGUUUAUUAGCAUGUGAAGUUAAAAAUAAAAUUGUUAACAAAGUUAAGGAAGCUAAAUACUUUUCAGUUAUACUUGAUUGCACACCCGAUACUAGUCAUAAAGAACAAAUGUCAAUUAUUUUACAAUGCUUAGAUAUCUCAUCAACACCGAUUGAAGUUAAAGAAUAUUUUUUUGAAUUUAUAAUAGUAGAUGAUACAACUGGUAAAGGUCUAUUUGAUGCUAUGGUUGAAGAAAUUAGUAAUAUAGGACUUGACAUAAAUAAUAUUAGAGGACAAGGCUAUGACAAUGGUUCAAAUAUGAAAGGAAAGCAUCAAGGUGUUCAAAAAAGAUUGUUAGAUAUUAAUCCUAGAGCCUUUUAUACACCAUGUGGUUGUCAUAGUUUAAAUUUAGUUCUUUGUGAUAUGGCUAAUUCGUGUACAAAAGCUCGUGAGUUUUUUGGAAUUAUACAACGUACUUAUACAAUUUUUGCUUCAUCAACCAAAAGGUGGAAAAUACUACAAGAUUGUUUACCAAAAUUAACUUUAAAACCUUUAUCACAAACACGUUGGGAAAGUAGGGUAGAAAGUGUUAAGGCAAUUAGAUAUCAAGCGCCACAAAUAAAAAAGGCACUUAUGAAAUUAUAUAGUGAUGAUGAUGCAAAAGUUCUAAGUGAGGCUAAAUCGUUGGCAGAUUUUGAAUUCAAUAAGUUUGAAUUUUUAUUAGGAAUGGUUAUUUGGUAUGAAAUUUUGUGUGCUAUUAAUCGUGUUAGCAAGAGCUUACAGGAAAAAGAUAUGUGUAUUGAUAGUGCUAUAAAAAAAUUAGAUGGCCUUUUGUGUUAUUUUGAAAAUUAUAGAGAAAAUGGAGUCGAAAAUGCUAUUAUUGAUGCAAAAGAAAUCGCUUUAGAGAUGGAUGUAGAACCUAUGUUUCGUGAAAAACGUGUCAUCCAUAGAAAUAGACGAUUUGAUGAAAAUGUUGCUAAUGAAACUAGUAAAACUCCUAUUGAAUUAUUUAAAACCGAUUACUUUUUAUAUAUAGUAGAUCAAGCUAUUUCUUCAAUUAAGACUAGAUUUGAUCAAUUUAAAAUGUUUGAAAGUAUUUUUGGUUUUCUAUUUAGUAUAUAA